GUCCACCUCGAGCGGGUGCAGCGCCGGCCUUAGGGAGCACGCGCAGGUUCGGGGCUGGCUGCCCAGCAUCUCCAGCACCGAUGAGGACGCGUCGACGUCCUCCUCGGAGCCGGACUCCUCACCUGUGACCUGCGGGCCCCUGCCGAAGGACGCCUUUUCGCUGGCGGCGCCCGCGGAAAGGAGCCCGCGGCUUCCUGCGGUUCCGCAGCCCGAGCUCAUCCUCCUCGAGGCGCCGCGCGCUGGACUGCAGGCCCGGCGCCGCUUCUCCGAGCUGACGCUCGUGCCGCCGCCGCCUGCGGGACCCGCCCCCGGCGGCGACCUGCGUGGCGGCGCUCGGACGGCUCGGCGGUGGCCCUCAAGGACGUCAGGUGCCCGCCUGGCGACGAGGAGGUCAGGGAGGUGA